CCACCCUCGUCUCCGCCCCUCCCUUCGCCUGUGACACACUCGCCGGCUCCUCGGGGAGGACUCACCCCUCUUGCACGACGAGCCCUGCAGCUGCAGAGACAAGAGGGGAGAGCCCAGCCGUGCCCACCCGUGCCCAGCCUCGUGCAGGUGCCGCUGGCCCCCAGAGAAGCUGUGCACCGGUUGCAGCAGCAAUAAGGGCAGGGUCCUCCGCAUCCCAGCCGAUGAGGGAACCAAGACACAGUGAACUUGAAUGACUUGCCACGGUCAUCCAGCAGUUCCCUCUCUGACUUGAAGGUGGACUAUGUACUGAAGAUUUUAUAACUAAUCUUGAGCCCGAGUCAGAUCACAUUCCGCCCAGACCCAGACGCCAACUGGCAUUUGACCAUCCACCAAACGUUAAUCCAAGAUGGAAGAUCCCUAUAAAGACAGGACUUCAUUAGUGAAAGGAGCUAAAGACAUCGCCAAGGAGGUCAAAAGGCAGGCGGUCAAAAAGGUGAACAAAGCGGUAGACCGAGCCCAGGAUGGGUACACCCAGAGGUCCUACAACCGCUUCCAGGACGAAGACGAUGACGAUGACUACUAUGUCCAAGGAGAAGCCUAUGAUCGAGAGGCCAAUGAUGACGAGGGCUCGAGUGAAGCCACCGAGGGGCAUGAUGAAGACGAUGAGAUCUAUGAGGGGGAGUAUCAAGGUAUUCCCAACCUGAACCAGGGGAAGGAUGGCCUCGUGGCCAUAGGACAGCCCGGGCGAGAUGAGUUCAAGGACCGGCGGGACCUGGAGACAGAAAGAAAAGCGGAUGAGGAGGAGUUAGCCCAGCAGUAUGAGUUGAUCAUCCAAGAAUGUGGCCAUGGUCGCUUCCAGUGGGCCUUGUUCUUUGUCCUCGGGAUGGCUCUCAUGGCGGAUGGGGUGGAGGUGUUUGUUGUUGGCUUUGUAUUGCCAAGUGCUGAGACGGACAUGUGCAUUCCAAAUUCUGGCUCCGGAUGGCUAGGCAGCAUAGUGUACCUCGGGAUGAUGGUGGGAUCCUUCUUCUGGGGAGGAUUGGCAGACAAAGUGGGAAGGAGGCAGUCUCUCCUGAUCUGUAUGUCUGUCAAUGGAUUCUUUGCCUUUCUUUCAUCAUUCGUCCAAGGUUAUGGCUUCUUUCUCUUCUGUCGCUUGUUUUCUGGAUUUGGGAUCGGAGGGUCUGUGCCCACUGUGUUUUCCUAUUUUGCGGAAGUGCUUGCCCGGGAGAAGCGAGGGGAACAUUUGAGCUGGCUCUGCAUGUUCUGGAUGAUUGGAGGAAUCUACGCCUCGGCCAUGGCCUGGGCCAUCAUUCCUCAUUAUGGCUGGAGCUUCAGCAUGGGGUCUGCCUAUCAGUUCCACAGCUGGCGGGUGUUUGUGAUCGUCUGUGCCCUUCCCUGUGUCUCGUCUGUGGUGGCACUCACCUUCAUGCCCGAGAGUCCAAGGUUUCUCUUGGAGGUGGGGAAGCACGACGAAGCGUGGAUGAUUCUGAAGCAAAUUCACGACACAAACAUGCGAGCACGGGGGCAACCAGAGAAAGUCUUCACAGUGAACAGAAUCAAAACUCCAAAGCAGAUAGAUGAACUCAUCGAGAUUGAGAGCGACACGGGGACUUGGUACAAGAGGUGUUUCGUGAGGAUCCGCACUGAGUUGUAUGGUAUCUGGCUGACAUUUAUGAGAUGUUUUAAUUAUCCAGUUAAGGAAAAUACUUUGAAGCUGACAGCUGUAUGGUUCACGCUGUCCUUUGGUUACUAUGGCUUGUCUGUUUGGUUUCCUGAUGUCAUCAAACACCUCCAGUCAGAUGAAUAUGCAGCUCGAGUGAAAUAUUUUGAUGGAGAGAGAAUUUCAAACUUCAGCAUCAACUUCACCCUGGAAAAUCAGAUCCACGCCAAUGUAGAAUACAGCCACGGCAGAUUCGUGGGGAUGAAGUUCAAGUCGGUCACGUUUAAAGAUUCCAUUUUUAAGAGCUGCUCCUUUGAGGAUGUCACGUCUUUGAACACCUAUUUCAGGAACUGCACCUUUAUAGACACCCUUUUCGACAACACAGAUUUUGAGUCAUACAAAUUCGUGGACAGCGAGUUUAAAGACUGCUUAUUCAUGCACAACAGAACUGGAUGUCAGAUUACCUUCGAUGAUGACUACAGUGCCUAUUGGAUUUAUUUUGUUAAUUUCCUGGGGACGUUGGCUGUGUUGCCAGGGAACAUUGUGUCUGCACUUCUGAUGGACAGGAUAGGGCGCUUGACAAUGCUAGGUGGUUCCAUGGUGCUCUCUGGGAUUAGCUGUUUCUUCCUGUGGUUUGGCACCAGUGAAUCCAUGAUGAUAGGCAUGUUGUGUCUGUACAAUGGGCUGACCAUUUCAGCGUGGAACUCUCUCGACGUGGUCACCGUGGAACUCUACCCCACGGACCGAAGGGCAACGGGCUUUGGCUUUUUGAAUUCACUAUGCAAGGCAGCGGCGGUCCUGGGAAAUUUAAUAUUUGGUUCUCUCGUUGGGAUCACCAAAGCCAUCCCCAUCCUGCUAGCCUCUACGGUACUUGUCUGCGGAGGACUGGUGGGACUUCGGCUGCCUGAUACGAGAACCCAGGUUCUGAUGUAACCGGAGAAAGCCAUUUGACCCGCCCUGUUCCUCCUCUUAAGUGUCAAAGUUCUCUGGACUGAACUGUGCAAAGGCUUCCGAUUCUCCACACCUAGAAAAGAGGUCAGAUAGCAGCUCUCCAACGGACGGUCCCCUCUUUCCAUUCCAAACUAUUUUUCACUCAUCUAUCUCAUCUGUUAUGUCUUUCUGAAUCGUGAAGCUACCUACCUCCUAGAGCCUUUGAAGAAGUAAACACCCACCCCCAAAAGGCCCCAAUUGAGGUGCCGAGUGAGGGCAGGCAGAGCUGCGGGGGGCAGAGGGGGGCAGGGACAAGCUGUGAGGGCACUCAUUGACACAUUUCACAUUCAACAGGAAAUGGAGGUUGGCGGGCUGCUGUCUCAGGGUAGAGAAGAAAUUCUGCUUUUCAAACCGAGGGAUGCUUCCUGUUUUCUGAGAAAAGGGCAGCCGGCUGCUUUGCCCUUCAAAGGAAAGCGGAGGUGAACCAAAGAAUUUGGGGCAGAAAGGGGGUGUCCGAUCCCAUUAGGACAGCUCAAGGGUCCCUCUCCUAGGGCACCGGGGCAGCGGGUAAGCAGGGAUGAACUAAUGGGGGAAAUGUAUUUAUAACCCUGAAGAAUUGGUGGGAGUUAUAACUUGGCCCGGUUGAAGUUGGUAAUUUCUCAACGGUUGUAAGUUUGCAGGGGAACAUGCUGUCUUGAUUUACUCUAUGUGCGGUUGCCCCAGGCCACACAGGAAACAACACCUCCGGAGCCACCUGCUCCCCCAGCCGUUCCUUUAGUCUCUGUCCAUUCAGCAAUCACCUCAGACAAUCAGUUUGCUCAUGCAAACAUGCAUCAGUGUGGCAGGAGAACGCAAACCCACCUCAUCCAUUCCCACCCGCAAGUGAGGCUGCCAUGGACUUCAACCAUGCCAUGGGUGCCUCAGCAGCCCUGCCCCUCCCUGCCCCUGCCCAUGCCCAUGCCUUGGGUAAACUUCCCCCUUUACCAUGAGGAAGGAAAUUUGCCCCAAAUCAGGAUAGAGAGGACACCUUGCUCCAGGACCUGGCAGCCAGAGAUGAUCCCCAGAUCUCGAGCAGUCAGUCAAUCCACAGUCUGUAUUGAGUGGCUGCUCUGUGCAGAGGAGUUGAGCAUACAAAAGAAUUAAUAAGACCAAUCUCUUGGCUCCUGCCUGGAGUCGGGCUUUUCAAGAUUGACCCAGGAAGAAGGCCACCCCUCCGCCCCUGGGCAUCUCACCCCGGCCUUGCCUGGAAAUCGUACCCAGUUUUCUGUGAAAUCUGUGGUCUCAGAGCAAACUUGGUGUGAUGAUUAGCAGCAAGCAGGAAAUCCAGCCAUCUGCGCCACGCCCCCACAACCAGUUGAGAGCUACACCGUAAAGACUAUUAGUGCCGUUCUUUUCGAGACACACACAUAUUUCCUGGGGCCCGGACCCCGAGCCCAUCAUGAGCAAGGUCCAGCCACAGACUGGUUAUGGCUAAAGAUCCUCCCUGCCCAAUCUCCCAAAGUCCUCACAGGCAGAGAUGCUUCAGCCUUUACAGGAACAGCCCUGAGACCCUCACCCAGUUAUCCCUCUGUUUCUCUGGACGAUGCUGAAUCCAAAGCCCAUCCAAGUUUGGCUUCUGGCGGAAGUGCAGCCCCAACACACUGCCCUGAGGGCAUCAGUCAAACCCUGGAGCCCCCAAGAUUGGAAAGGGCUGGAUAGCAGUCAGCUCCCAGGGAGAGAAAGGUCCAGGACUUAGAGGAACUUUAGGUGAGAAAAGAUGGGAGAAUGAAAGACAAAAAAUGGAAGUGGUCAUGAUUUUCCCUUCCCACCAACCUUUGGGGGCUAAGCCACGUGACCCAUUCGUUCAGUUGUAUUUAUUCAGUGCUUACUGUGCAGACCUCUGUACUAAGCACUUGGAAGAGUACAACACAAUAAUCAACAGACACAUUUCCUGCUCACACGAGCUUACAGUCUAGACCCAUUGGUGAGAUAGCCAAGAGAGACCCUCUGCCUGUCGUUUGUCAUUCUCUCACUCCCCACUCCUCUCCACAGCUGUCUUUCUUCUGAAGAAGGCAUAUCUGGGUGCCCUUGUGGGGUGUGGGUAAAUGCCUCUUUCAGGAAUGAGAAUCAUGGAAGUGAAAAGCAGGGAAUGUUGCGGGGAGAUUGUUGUAACUCCAGUUACAAAGGGGAGACCCUGAAUGGACCUGUGUAGUAGAAAUUCACACCCCCUUUUCUGAAGCGUUAGACUGGACUCCCGCCCUAGCCCGUGCAGGUGCUGCAUGAACCUUAAACGUUGGGAUCACAGUACCUGUGCCGAGCAUGUGCAGACCCAUAGCAAGUGGAUUUUGAAGGGUUUCGAAGUUUCGUGGAUGGCCACCAGCUCUAGCCACUAAAGCUCCUAGCUUCACUGUGCCGGUCUAUUGCUGUGAUUCCCAGCAGAGUCCUAGGGUAGCAGACCAGCCCAGAAAAUACCCUGGAUCCCACUUCCCUUUGCUUUGAUGCUGAAGUAGUCUCUUAGUUUAAUUAUGGUACUUAUUAAGAAUUUACUAGGUGCCAAAUACUUUACUAAGGCCUGAGGCAGGUACAGAUCAGAUGGGGCACAAUCUUGCCUCCCGCCCCCAAAGGACUCAGAGUCUUAGGAGUAGGAAGUGUAGGUAUAUCCCCACUUUACAGCGAUUGAUUAAGUGACCCGCCGAAGAUCCCGCAGCAGGCCAGAAGCAGAGCGGGUCCUGGAACUUGGGUCUCCUGACUCCUGACCUAUGUUCUUUCCAUUAGGCCCCACUGCUUCCCACAUCUCAUCCCCCAUCUCAUCUCCCCUGAUCUCUGUGGCGAUGUCAUUUGGGGACAUGACUCUAAUCUAAUCUGGUGGAAUCAUUUUUCCCUUAAUCGGGGGUCCGUGGACGUCGGAGCCACCUCCCUCACAACUGCUUUUCUGUUCCCCAGGCCCCUUGGGCAGGAGUCAGGUGAUCUUUGCGGUAUGUGGCCCAGCCUGUCCAGCCUGUUCUGGGUUUGAUCCCAGGCUGGAGAUUAACUAUAACCCGAGAUACCCCAACGAGCCAUGGAGUCCCUUCCUGCCGGAGGGCCCAGGAACAUGGGGAGCCAGAUGGGUUCUCUUGAUCCAGAGGCCAGAACCCAAGGGAGAACAAGACAGGCCCAGCCACCCACAGCCAGAAGCCCUUCCUCCUGAGCCCUGUAAGGAUUAGGCCAGGACUCUCCACACAGAAGCACAUCGUGGGCACAGAGCAGUUAUCCCAAAUUCUAAGGCCUGGGCCUCUCUGGGAACCCAGGAUUCUGCUUCCCUCCCCCCAGCCAGUUGGAAUGGUCACAGUCCUACGGUCUUGCCCACAGGCGUUUUGGUGAUUGCUGUGGCCCCAUUCCAUCUGGCCUGGGUGUAUGCAGGGAAACGUCCAUCGUUCCACCUGCCCACCUCACACAGGAGCUGUGGCCGACCGAUUUCCCAAGCUCUGGGACCACCCAGUUCCAGAAAUGGGACAGCCGUAGAAGAGCAAUAAGGCAUUUCAAGAGCUCAUUCGGAAGGAUGCCAGGAGUUAAACUCCAAUUCUGACUCUCUGCCAAUUUGGUUAGCACCUUACCCCUGCCCCGUCUCAGUGGCUCUUCCCAAGUGCAUAAGCAGGACAGAGGGUAGACUGGUCACUGGGUCUUUGUGCCUGGCCCCCACCACACCUAGCCAGAGGCCAUCCAUGGUGAUCCCCACUGGGCACAGCUCCCUUCCCCACGUCUCAUCAGGGCAGUAGUUCCACCCUUAAAACCACACACACCACCCUCUCCCCUCCCCAACCCGUAGCGGAAAUUUGCGUGACAGAGCGUUUAUGGAGUUGCGGACCUGGAGUUUGGUUUGGGGUUGCGGUUCAGUUGUCUUUCCUGCAGGCCCAGAAGAAGAGAAUUGGCGGUUUUCUGCACUUUUCCCUUUAGCCACAAGAUGGCAUUUAGCUGUUUCUAAGGUAGACACCUGUUCAUGCCUAUAAAGCAGUGAAGCCCAUGCAAAUUCUCCACCUGGCCUGCCCCAGCUUUGGACAAGAUUUAGUCUUUGAGGAUCGGUUUGGCCAUCCAACCAUGUUUCAUCUUCUCUUCACUAUCCAUCCUGGGCAGGGCAAACUCAGUUCAGUCCCCGAGCCUUUAAAAGCCCCACUCGUGUCGCAGCAAGGAUGGGAAAUGCUGCAAAAGUUCACUUCAGGGUACUCACACACCCAGGACCAAUUUUCCAGGGUUAUUUCUUCAAAGCCAAGUGUGUAUGUGUGUAAAAUGACCCAAAUGUAGAAUGGCAUGUUGGUUUCGGUACAGUUUGGGGAAGGCAAGCAUCUGUGUCUGCUACGUGACUCUUCUGUCGGCUCGCUGUUUCUGUAUAUGGAUCUCCAGUUGUCCUCGUAACGUUCUCGUCGUUGUCGAUGUUUACCAUUGUUCUGUCAGCUAUCUCGGAUGAACUUACGGCAGAGCCAUUGCCGGGAUUUCCUCCAGUUAACCUUUAACGUUCCCGAGGCCCCACCAGCUCAUCAAUGAAUCCAACCUGGGAAACCCUAGGCUCAGCUCCAGGAUGGGGGCCUGGGCACAAAAGAUCCCAGACAUUCCCCAGACACCUCCUGCCCCUGGGCAAGUGGCUGGCUCUUUCUCAGAGUCACUUUGAAACUUGGAAGAGAACAGUGGGAUGACCAGGUUAUAGAACCCAGUAACCAGAGUGACCAGUUUCUCCAGUCUGCACAGAUAUGUGUUGGAUCUCUCCCUCUCUCUGAUUUUUAAUUUGACAAACUGGACUGAGGCUAAUUAAGCCAUGACGCAUGGCAGGUGAGCAUCAGCUUGGCAACAGUCCGUAUCCAUGUCCUGUCAUUUGAGUGUGGUUAGGGAGGGAAGUUGUGUGAGGCAGUGGGAAAAGUGUUAAAAUUCCAUCAGUAGAUCUAGGCUUGGGAUCUCUUCUUGAGACUCUUAGACCAGCAAUUUGAAAAGAAUUGAAAAAUACAUGUCCGGCGCUUCUUGAAAUGUCAACCUGGAAAAAUGGUAACAAAAGCUAAAGCCUUUAGUACCUUCAAAAGUUAAUUGUGUGAAGCCGUACGAAGGAAACAUCUUCUCAACAGUUGCAAGAUCAUUUCUGAGACCUAUAAUUAAAGAAAUGUGUUGGAGGGAAUCUGUCUUCCCCCAGAUUGUCAACUCCUCAAGGGCAGAGACCGUGUUUUCUAUUUCUGCUGAGUAUUCCUGAGCACCUGGUUGAGUAUUUAGCACACAACAGGCACUCAGUCAGGACUCUCGAUGAUGGUGAGCAGUCGGUUAGGGAAGUGUUAUUUUGGCUAUUUCUCCUGACGUGACCACUGGGAGAUUUUUCCUUCCCUGUUCUGAAACUCAGGAAAACUCUACUAGAUCCUCUAGAACAGGGGACCUCUCUCUUCCGAGUAGACCCUGUCCAGCAGAGAACCAUUCUCCAGCGCUCGUCUAGUGAGGGUACCAGGCCGGGUUUCUUUUAUAGUGCACUGUUUAACUCCUGCUCUUUUCCAGAGAAAGAACAUUGGAAUGGAGCUGAAUUAUUUCCAAGGUUACUGAUUAUUGUUGAGAACAUUGUGUGGGUGGGGGCUAGUGUAACUAAUCUGAGUGCUGGACCCACAGCAAAUGGGAAUUGAGGGGUUAUGAACCACUGCUGGCCAGAGAGAGAUAGUAGCAUUGCUAUUUCUUCAGUGCUCACUGGGUAACAGUGCACUGUACGAUGUCCUUGGCAAGUUCAAAGUGAAAAAGUGACAUGUCCCUGCCCCCAAGAAGCUUGCACUCUACUUAGAGGCAGGGGAGGGCUGCACGCUCUUCGUAAUGAUGCGGGGAGGCGGUCAGAAGCCUUAUCUCUCAGGUCAGUCUUUCCCCUUUUCCCAGCAUUCUUCAAGAAAAAAAGCCCCACCACCAACACACACACUUUCAAAUACACUAUAAUUCCAAUCCUCACAGAGUGGCACGAAACAAGACAAGAUCGAGCACUCGCCUCAAGCUCGGGUCCUAAAAUUGUAAUUAUUCUUUAUUCUCCGUGUACUGUCGCCAAAGCAGGGAGACUUGCACUUUCUCUCUAGGGUCACAUCCGGUAGCCUGCAGCAAGGCUGAUGGGAUAGGUGAGUUUUCCUCUCCAGUUUCUCCUCAGGCUCAACCAAGCCUGACCCAGGUAGAAGGCCCCUGAUCAGUGACUUCUGAAGUUCCCCCGCGUGCCAGGCUGUGGCUGGAUAAGUUGUUUUCAUUCCUUUCCCCUCUGCUUGUCUCGAUUCCCGGGAACUUAUCCAUCCCCCAAGUCAGGGAAAUCAUAGGGAAAAGAAAAUAUUUUUCCUUGUCAUAUAGAAAUCCUCAGCAUUCAGAAUAUAGGCAGGCUUCCUCCCCCUGCCCCAGAAUCAUUCCGAGGUGGUCUGGUGUUAUUUGUCAAUGUGUAUAUACUGUACAUAAAAAGGAACGAUGACUUUUCCAUUCUAUUUCCAUGGGAAACCCACGCUCACUGUCACACCCCCUCUUUGGCGAUGAGAUCUCGGCAGUGGUCCCGGGCUUGGAUUUGGUUUCUGUCUCUUCUGUUCCCGUGUUUGGUUUUCUGGUCCUCGGGCUCCAGCCUCCUCCACUGUAUAUAUGUGCCUGCAUGUGUCUGCACCGAUCAGUUCUCACUUUCAGAUCUCUGGGUUCUUGAUUCCUCAUCGAGCUGGCGCAGUCGUGAACGCAUCUCUCCAGUAUGCUCCUCCGUGUCAGAUUGCCGAUUGCCAAAACGUUUGACCCAAGUGUGUUUUUACCGAGUCCCACGGGGAAGCGGUCUGUAUUGUUGUGAAAGGGCAUGCUUUGUGUAGGAUGACUGUCUGUACAGUACAAAUCUAUCAAACGUGGAAGUGUGUGUAAACUUAUCUGCCAGAUACCUAGCAUUCAUGUAACAAAUGCAAAGCUACUUAAUGAACAGCAGAUUAAUAAAGGAGUAUUUUUGCUCCAUUAUAUUCAAAAAAA